AUGUCAUGUCCCAACAAUGUGACUUCUAACUCGUUUUUGAUGGACUCGUUAGCCGGUACCUGCCGAGGGGAGAAUUAUUCCUCUAACCAAGGAAUGUACAUGCAGUCUGGGAACGAUUUCAACUGUGGAAUGAUGAGGAACUGUGGAAUAAUCCCGUCUCUUUCCAAAAGAGACGAGGUGAAUAACGCCAGCCUGUCUCUCAGCACCUAUCCAUCUUACCUUUCUCAGCUAGACACCUGGUGUGACCCCAAAAAUACUUACCGAAUCGAGCAACCUGUUGCGAGGCAACUCCCCUCCUGCUCGUUCCCAACCAAUGUCAAGGAAGAAAACGCUUGCUGUAUGUACAAUGCUGACAAAAGAGCUAAAAGCGCCAACGAGGCGACCCUCUACCCCAAUCAGAUGCCUGACUCUUGCCUAAGUGACCAUGAAGUCCCCGUGCCUAGCUACUACCGAGCCAGCCAAGGCUAUUCCUCUCUGGAGAAGGCGUCAAACUGCAGCAAACCCAGCGAGUUUGAGGCAAGUUUUGAACCCAGGGCGAGCCUCAACCCCAGGAGCGAGCAUCUGGAGCAGCCACAGUCAGGAACUAAAGUGGGCUUCCCUGAAAACCCCAAGCCCGAUCAUCCUCAGAGCACGCCCGCCAACGAAAUCAAAACGGAAAAAAGUCUCCCUGUGGCCAAAAUAAGUCCGUCGGAAACUGAGAAGGACCUGAGCAAAUGUACUGAUACCAGCACUGACAAUUCGGACAACGAAGCAAAAGAGGAUAUAAAGGCAGAAAACACUACAGGAAAUUGGCUGACAGCAAAGAGCGGAAGAAAGAAAAGAUGUCCUUACACUAAACACCAGACGUUGGAACUGGAGAAGGAAUUCUUGUUCAAUAUGUACUUGACCCGUGAGCGCCGCCUGGAGAUUAGCAAGAGUAUUAAUCUAACAGACAGACAAGUCAAAAUCUGGUUUCAGAACCGCAGGAUGAAACUCAAGAAAAUGAACAGAGAGAAUCGAAUUCGCGAACUGACUUCCAAUUUUAAUUUUACUUGA